AGUUGACCGAAUGCCCCCCCCCCACCAAUUCUUCUUCUUUCUUCUCUUCCUUCUAUUCUUCCUUCUUCUCUGUUCUACCCAAACACACACAGAGAGACCGAGUAAGAGGGAGAUUAGAGAGGGGGUUGAGAGCAGAGAGUGAGAUCGAGAGAAAGAGAGACUGAGAGAUCGAGAGAGAGCCAGACCUGGAGAGAUGGGUAGCCGGAGAGGGAAAGAACCUGCGGGCCCGUGAACCAGGGGAGGCCGAUCCUCCAUGGGUCGUCGCCGACGAAGCCAAAGCCAAGGAUUUCUGGUGACCCGAGCAACCACAAACCCGAGAGAAAAGACCCGUAACCCAUGCGACCCGUGACCCAGACCGAACAAAGAGAGACCCGGUUCUCCAUGGUGACUUUCCGACGCGAUUUCCAGCAGUUGGAGGCUGUUCUCCAGUGGUUUCCGUCGGUAGUGGACUACCCAGUGACCCGUGAGUGUGUAAGACCCGGAAGACCCAUCAAAGUCGUGACCCAGUGACCCGAGACCCAUGAAACCCGGUUCUUCAUGGCAUUUUCCAGCGACUUUUCCAGCGGAAAUCAGAGGCAAUUUUUAAUGGAUUUUUGAGGAAAAUCACCAAGCACGGACAGUACUUUCUGCGUGCUCGACUGACGAACCGUAAGAUGUCAUUUUUCACAACCCCACGAAAGUCCCCAAGAAAACACCCAUCACCAACCCCGUCCUCUUUUGGGGUAAAUUCUAACCCCCCCAAAGCGGUAUGGACCCCCGACACAGAGUUGGCUUUGGUGUACUCUCUCGUGGAACUAACCCAAAAAGGGAUUUGGCCGUCUUAACCAAAGCAUUUGGCCACCAUCACUGAGCAUUUUAACAACGCUAUUCAAAUGGAAGGGUUCCAUUACACAGAGAAGCAAGUUGGCAAGAAGAUAGAUAAAUUCAAGGUCGACUGGAAGGACUUCAGUGAACUCCUCAACGGUAGUAUAGUCACUGAAGGGGGUUGGGACGAUGUGAAGAAUACGGUGUCAUUAGAGGAACAUCAAUGGGAACAACUGAAAUCGCAAUACAGGGUACACAAAUAUUUAAGAUUCAAGAAGGGUGGACCCCUGAACUACGCCAAAUUGAAUCUCCUCUUCACGGGGACACGAGCUAUGGGGCAGUUUAGUCAUGCUAGCACUAUGGACCCGCCGGACGAUGGCAAUGUCGUUGUGUUUGACGUCAAUAAUAUCUCACCAACAGUAAUUGACCUCAAUAAUAUCUCACCAACAGUAAUUGACCUCAUAGAGCUGCAACGUCCUCCACUGCGCAUUCACAGGAACAAAGGUAAGAAGGUAGCGUCCUCGACAAGCAAUUCGCCAAGGUCGAGCAAGCGGGGGUCCAAAGGUGAAGAGAUAAUGGUGGGUCUAACCAAUACUUUCUAUGAGAUCAAGGACCAACUGUAGAGUAUGAUGGUCAAAAGCUCGACAUCCAGUUCUGUGGGGAACGUUUGUCCCAACACCGGCCGUCCUCGAGAUUGGGUCAUCGAGGCAAUGAACAUAAUAAACACACUGGAUGUUCAGAUGGCUUUGCCUACACAUGCACAACGUAAUGCGUGUACAACCUUGAAGGGGAUUCAUGAGGCGAAUGUGUUCGUCCACAUGACCGAUGCAAUUCAAAGAGACUGGCUGAUGGGUUUCCUUUCUCCUGACAAUAAUUGAUAUAGUUGACUGUGUUUAUGUGGGGAAGGCACCAGACUUCGGAUAUUUAAGUUUAUAUUUAUGCACGGACUUAUGAAUGUUUGCGUAAAGGAUAUUUAAAUUAUGAAUUUGCAGUGUAAUGAUGAAUAGGUUCAUCAUAAUCAGUUUUUAGAACUCUAAUGCAGAUGAUAUAAUUCAACAUAAUUGUACUCAAUAUGGAUGGCGGUGGAACGUCUGGCAUGAACUCAAACUAUGAAAACUGGGGUGAUACACCUGACGACCCCCAAUAUUGUGCGAGUGAGGUACCCGACAAUGAGGAUGAUGAGGAAACGAACACAGACCCGGACUAUGCUGAGAUCUUGAAUCUUCUCGAUAGCCUGUUCAAAGUGAUUGAAGAACUUCACUUUAACAUACAACAAGCUUAUCGAGUUAUGUGUAUUCCGCAACGCACAUCAAUUUUGACGGGCCAUAUGUGGGUCCAUUGGGUCCUAACGAACCCCAACCCUAAUACAUGCUACGAGCGCUUCCGAAUGUUUCCCUGCACCUUCAUAAAACUAUGUAGCACAUUAAAAAAUAAUAGCUAUCUAGGGGAUAGUCGAUAUGUUAAGAUCACAGAGAAAGUAGCAGCCUUUCUCUUAGUUGUUUGCCAGGCGCACUCACAGAGGAGUGUGGCCGACAGGCUGCAAAGAUCGACUCACACCAUAAGCACAUACAUUGGGCAAGUAUGCAAAGCCCUAUGUAGAUUGGGCAAUACGCUCAUACAACUGUGUGCCACAGAGAUGCCUCACCCAUACGUCCCCCGUGACAGGCGAUAUUACCCCUGGUUUAAGUGGGUGGGAGGGCAGUGCGCACGAUUCAUGAAUUCUCACAUCCACUAUAAACGAUCAUGUGAUGCGCUUCCCAACACCGGCCGAAGGCUUUUAUUAUUUGGUAGAUUCUGGAUAUGCUUGCUCCAAGGGGUUCUUGCCCUCAUACCGCAACGAACGAUACCACCUGCAAAACUUUCAUGGCAGUGGAGCCCAACUUCGGAGGAAGAAAGAGUUGUUUAACCAUAGACACUCUUCACUGCGAUUGGUGGUGGAACGAACUUUCGGGAUUUGGAAGAAUCAGUUUCCAAUUUUAGAAAAUAUGCCACCAUACGAAAUCUCGGCACAACGUUUAAUUGUGAUUGCAUGUUGCACAGUCCACAACUUUAUCCGCAAGGAUUAUGCAGACAUUGAUCCAUUAUUUAGAUCCACUUUGCAGGAGAUGUACAAUGAAUCUUGGAUCGAUGUAUCGCAACAGGCUCUUAUGCCAGGAGUAUCAUAUGUACCACCUGGACAACGACUUGAUCAAUCAGAGGCUAGCACAAGGUUCAUGGGGAUGUACCGGAAUUCAAUGUGUUAUGACCUAUGGCGCGUAGUUAAUGGCGAGUAAACCUUAGAAAGUUUUUGUUCGUAUUGGACAAUGUGAGCUACUACUUUUUAUAUUUGUAAGGGACUGGUUUAAUGGAAAUGAUGGCU